GCUUUUCUUUCAAAAACAAUGACAUUUCUAAGUGACCCCAAACUUUUGAACGGUAGCGUAUAUAUUUCAUUUUAGAAUAAGGCUAACGUAACAACGUGGAAAAGUCAAGGGGUCUGAAUACUUUCCGAAUGCACUGUAUGUUGAUCAGAAGAAUGGCAGAAUUGCCAGGUCCUCCACACUUGGUGCCCCAGUGCGCUGUCCUUACACUGCAGAGAUGUUUAUUGCUCACUUGUUGGCACAUUCCAUGCUCCAUUUAGAAACAGAGUGGAAAAAAUCCUUGAGGAUGAGUACGGCUGUUUCAGACUCACAACCGGCUGUUCUGGAAGAUUGCUUAUGUGUGUAUUUGCUAGAAUUCUCCUUUCAGAAAGUUCUUUAUUUUUUAAUAUACUGUAUUUUGUCACUUGUUUGCAGGGCAUGCAUUAAACACAUGUCAGUUUCUCAUAGGGUAAAGGGUGUGAAUCUGCAGUCAAAACUGCAGAUUAGAUAGAUACACAUUAAAUGCACAGUAACAUUUGAUUACUGUUGGGAGAACAGCCAUGCAUUUGUGGUUAGAAAAUGAUUUGUGUAUUACUAUUCAGUGUCCUCUAGAUGGCCAUAUGAGGCCCUUUUAUGAAGCAUGCAUGACCAGGGACACGGAGGGGAAUAUUUUGUGUAUGAGAAACAUUGCAAUAUACAUAAAGAAAUGAAGUUAUACAUGCACAUUGAACGUAUCCAUCCUAUAACAAUUCACACCAUAUACACAAGUCAAGGAGUGAUUAUUCUGUGUGAAUAAUUUGUCCAUAUAUUUUGAGUGUGUUUUUGCCUUGUGUUUGCUCUUGAAAACAGCAGUAUCGCCUCCAUCUAGUGGUUUGUAGGUCUAAUGCAUAUUUUGAAAUUGAAGUUAAUAAAUUGUGACAGGUUAUUGUUUAAUUUAUGACAAUAUAAAAUCAAAUGCAUUAGGAAAUUCUAACCACUCAAAUUUGGGAUUAUCAAGGCAGACAAUCCAUGUUGUUCAUUUAAUUCAAAUCCUAACAUAUCCCCUACUUUUUUGAAAGGCUCCAUGUGAAUAGUAAUAUAAAUAAUACAGAGCAUUAAUGUCUGUCUGUCAUUUAAAACAUAAAUUGUGAGAGUUGUGAUGUGGAUUUGAUGAUAUGGUCUACUUUUCCUAAACACAGUUCCUCAGAAGCAUGUUUUUAAAUUCUGUAAAAUAGCACACCAAUCACACUGUUGUACUUCAGAAGUGUGACAGAUUAAAUGGGAAGUUAUUACUAUCAAGGCAAAAUUGUAUUUAACUUUCAAAGCAAAUAUUAACUAGAGGGGUAGUUAAUAUAGAGAAGUACCUUUCAUAUAUAUAUUUUAAGUGUUGAUGCUCAUUAUUAGGCUAUAAUUAAUGUAUUAGUUGGGUCAAGUUUUAAUAGCCUAUUGUCAUUAUUGGAAUACUAUAAUAAGGAAAUGAUCAAGCAAAACUUUUACACUGUGCGGUGGUCACCAAUUACUUUAAAGCAAAUUCCGUAUGAUCUCUGAAUCUUGCUAAAUGAAACACUAAUCCGUUCAAUCUCACUGGGCUCACUUGCCUGUUUUACUUCGCCUCUGUCUCACGCGGCCGUACCAUGGGGAAAUCUUUGGGCGGAGCCAAUGACCUAGUUUUGUCCAAUAGCGUUCUGCGAAGGGCAGAGACUAACCUAAUUUGAACCAAUCGCUGGUAGGCAUUAUCCGCGCGUGCCAGGGCCAUGUGCUCCCUUCGAGUGCAGGAAUCGGUUUUAAGGUAGUAGGGAGAUAGAUAUUUUGUGUCGGCCAAAACACAGACUUUCACAAUUUUUGCCGGAUUAAAUGCAAAAAUAUUGAUAAUGAUGAUUUUAAUGAUUUGUUGAAUUUGGUUUCCGGAUCCUUGAAAUUACAGAGAUUAGUCCACACCCCAAGUAGUCUACAAGGAAUUUAAUAGUAACAUUUUUUUAAAUAAAUCAGAGGGUACUGGACAUUGCAAAGCAAUUCCAUUCUUGUGUAGGUUUAGGAUUGGUUACAGUUGUGGAGUUUGUGUGUAACAUACAGGACCCGUGAUCUUAAUCAGAUAUGUAUGUACAUUGGUCCAUUCAUCUCGUGGUUACUAGUUUAGCUUUAUGACUGACAUUAAGGUCAACCACGUGUUCCAUCCAUUGGUUACAUUAAAAGUUAUGCAGAGGGCGAAUUGUUCAAGUCGGCGUGGUUUGGUUACAGUAAUCGACAACUCCCUCUGACUGGUUUGUUUAUGAAGGGGUGGUGCUCAUUAAUGUCGUUUUGGGCGUUUUCGGAGUUGUAGAUCAUGAAUAUUGAUCAGCCUCUCCCCCAGCGCCAAUCCCCUGUGAGCGCUGAUGUCACGAGAGCGGCCCGUGUUCGUUCCAGCUGACUCUUGCGGUGCUCGGUUGCAUCCUUGCUCGUAGCCUACAGAAAGGCAGGGAAAGAAGGUACCGCUCCAUAAUCCAUUUUACUCCAUGGACAACCCUCAGCCAGUCCAAUCGUUUUGUGGAUUAAUCGGAUAAAUUCAGCGCUCAUUCCACCGUGGGAAUCAACGACCAUCCCAAUCAUGUCUAGGCCGCUCACACAGCUCCUACCGCCCGACCUCCCAGCUGGAGCGAGCCCACAGUUCGGCACUGGUAACCUUGCGGGCAGUGUUCCGACCGGCGGACACUUGAACUCCAUGGCCAGCCUCAAGACUCUCCUACAGCUGCCCAUCAAGGUUGACCAGCGAGCGAAAGACUGCUGUGUAAUGAAAGAUAAAGACAAACCCCAGGACUCAGACGAGGACUCCAUGAGUGGAGGUCCAGGUGGCCGGCCUUCCCAGUCGGCCUUCCUGGGGCCCCAUCUGUGGGAGCGCACGCUGCCCUGCAGCGACGGGGGCCUCUUCCAGCUUCAGUACAUGGACCUGGAGGAGUUCCUGACUGAGAACGGCAUGGCCAUGCACAACAAAGGUGGCAACGGCUCGAGCGCCAGCGCCCAGGUGCCCUCGCAGAGUUCCCUGCAGUCGGCCGUGCCCAACCAGAGCUCCCAGUGCCCGCCGUCAUCCCCUCCACCAUGUUCUUCUUCAUCGUCCUCCAUGUCCUCCUCAUCUUCCUCCUCCUCGCUGCUGGGCCUGGACAAUGUGCCGCUGCCACCAAACGGACUGCCAGGCAUGAUGGGAGGGCCCGAGUGCCUACAUGGUGGCCAAGUAGGGCCUCCUGACCUCUCCUCGCCCUCCUCCACCACCACCUCUCCCUGUCCCCCCGGGCCGCCAGGGGGCCCGCCGGUCACCAGUGGCACUGCUGACGUCAUGGUGAACUUUGACCCGGACCCGGCGGACGUGGCGCUGUCCAGCGUGCCGGGCCAGGAAGCCUUCGACCCGCGAAGGCACCGCUUCUCGGACGAGGAGCUCAAGCCACAGCCCAUGAUCAAGAAGGCCCGCAAGAUGCUGGUGCCAGACGAGCAGAAGGACGACAAGUACUGGAGCCGGCGCUACAAGAACAACGAGGCGGCCAAGCGCUCACGUGACGCCCGGCGCCUCAAGGAGAACCAGAUCACGGUGCGCGCCGCCUUCCUGGAGCGAGAGAACGCUGCUCUCAGACAGGAAGUGGCCGACAUGCGCAAGGAGCUGGGCCGGUGCCGCAACAUCCUCAACAAGUUUGAGAGUCGACACGGAGACUUGUGAGGAGGAGGAGGAAGAGGAGGAAGGCGGUGGAGGAGGAGGAGAGAGGGGUAUAAGGCAACAUUGGCAGCCCUUUAUUUGAGGGGGUGCGCGUACGGCCUAUGUAGACUUGGCGUAAGCAUCGUAUGACACCUUGCGUAAGCGUCCAUGUUGCGAGUAGCCUGCAGUGUUGCCGUGAGUGCAGCCUCCAUUUAGUGAUUCUGUGCUAUGCUGGUUUCACUCCCCGUGUCUCUUUGACGGGUAUUGUCACUUGGGCGCCGCGACGUCAUUCAGUGUUUUGUAUCAGGUGCAUUGCAGUGUUUUUCCGGGUAAUGCGCAGGGCCAUACGUGCACCCGCUCAAAUGAGGUGUUCAAAUCAUACAGAUCACAAGACAACUAAUGUUUUUAAGCUAUAGACAAGGAGACAAGCCAGGGGAAGACAGGUGUGUACUUUAUUUCUAUGACAAAACAUGUAUAUUUUUGAACUGUACUGGGCAAGGAGGGAGACGUGGGCAAACUAGAAAAUAGAGCAUGAGCUACAGUAUAACUAGAAGAGGAAGAUUAGGAGAGGUGGUUCAGGACAGAAGAAAGCAAAGAGAUUUCAACAUAACUGUAUAUUUUUAUAUUUGCAAAGAUGGACAGUUCAGAGGGGUUUUUGGAAGUAAUAUUUUGUAUAUUUUAUAUAUGGGUGAGUUUAGUAUAGAGAUGGGGGCUAUUGGUAAAUGGAUUGGUAAAUGAUAUAUUUUGAACUCGUUAAGAUAGAGGGGUCAGAGGUCGUCAUAGAGAAUGUAUAAUGGUUGUAUCCAGGGAUAACAUGACGGCAAGAGAGGAGAAUUAUCUUAGUAAAUGUUUGUGGACAUAGACAGAUCGAAGACAUUGUAUAGUUUUAAUUUUGUUCUGUUAGGUUCGUUGAAGCACUUAAAAGGGAAUUCUCAAAAAUGUUCUCUUCAUGUUCAUCAUCGCCAGUACCAUUAACAUGUGGAAAUGGGGCAUUUAUGUUUUGUAGUAAAAAAAGACAAGUGUUUCCAAUGAGUUCAUCAAUCAAUUAGUAGGCAAUGCCUACUCGUAAUUGGUUAAAAUCACAUGAUACACACCGAUGAUGUCAUUGGAAACACUUUUCACAUAUGUUGAUGUUGGGGUGGUUCUGGAGAUGAUGAAAAUGGAAAAAAUGACAAGUUUACUUUUUAAAGGGCAAUUCUUCCUCUUUUCAACCGCAUUAUCGUCAUCUCCACCAUCAAACCAGUGUUUACAUAUGUGAGAACAUCACGUUCCUAUUGUCUG